AUUCCCACCCUCAUCCCCGCCGGUGAAGUUUUCUGACCAAUCUCUCCUCUCGCUUUACCAUAGCCCUAAAACCCUACCUCGAAUGGUAAUACCCGUAAAUUACGCUUAAACUCUCGGGGGCACUUCAUUAGAAAAAUUCCCCCCAAUAGUACGGUAAGUACCUCGCGGUCGCUCCUUCAUCGAAUCUUCUUCUACUUCCAGUAAAAAAACCCUAGCUUUGCUUCGUUUUUUGGGAGAGGAAGCCUGUUUCUGUUAAUUUGCUUGUUUAUGAAUUUUGGCAAAGAAAGUUUGAGAAUUUCGUUCGUAGCUUUGGAGGAUGAAGAGGCUCAGGUCUGGCGGCGAGGAUCUCGAUUCCUACGGAGAUAAGUGCAAGGAUCCAAACCCCAUUCCCAACCCGAGCCGGUCGUCCUCCUCUUCGCACCGGAGUUUCUACUACAAGCCGGAUAAUGCACGCAAGGGUUUUGCUCGGUACGACCGGGAUCGGUCGGCGGAAGACGACCGCGACGCCUCGAGAAUGCUGCGGAAGCGAUCGGAGCACGAUUUCGACGGGGGUUUUGAACGGAGAAAGGGUGGAUUCGAUCGUUACAGCGGAGAGAGCAGAGGAGGGUAUGAUCGUAACUUGAUGCACCGGUCUGAUAGCUUUUGCGGUGGGUUGUCGUCGUCAAGGAGGGAGUUUCCAAAGGGGUUUCGAUCGGAGCGGUCUUCUUCUGCAGCGUCUGAGCGGUCGCGGCGCGAGGGGAGUGUGUCGUCGUGGCGGCGAUUUGGGAGCAAUAAUAAUGGGAAUAAGGAUUCGGAGGAGAGCACUAGAGGAGUGGGAGGAAGUAGAAUUGGAUUGAGGGACGUGAAAUCGCCAACGUGGUCCAGGGAUUCCGCUGCCAGCGAGCCGUCGAGGAUGAUGAGGGCUUUAAAUUCGGGUUCUUCACCGGUACGAGCCUCAAGAGCGAUUCCGAGGACGAAGGAAGAUUCGAAGGACAACUCCAAAUCGAAAUCAAAAUCGCCAAGUUGGUCGAGGGAAUCGGGGGCAAGCGAACACUCUAGGAGUGUGGAUGUGGAGAUGGUGAAGAAGUGUACCGAGGAGGUGCAGGUUGAGAGUAAGAGUAGCAGUGAAAUGGAGGAAGGAGAGCUUGAGCCUGAGCCUGAGCCUGAGCCUGAGCCUGAGCCUGAGCCUGAGCCUGAGCCUGAGCCAGAACACGAGCCCGAGCCUGAACCCAGCCCAGAAUCGAAAUCUGUGCGUGGGGUUGAGCGUCAAUUGGGUCAUGAAGCUGAGGCUGAAACCGAAACGGAGAAAAGAGAUCGUGUGGGCAUGGAAUUGGAUAAUAUUGAGAAUAAGGAGAUUGAGGUUAAAUACCGGAUUGAAGACUCAAGUACAGUCGUGGAGGAUGGACUGAAUGAAGCAAUGGGUAAAGAAGAAAUAGAGAUGGAGAUUGAGAUUGAGAGAGAGCUGCCAGAUAAUAUGGACGUUUGUGAGGAGGGGAAAGAGAAGGGGGUUGAUGAUGAAGUACAAUGGGUUGAGAGUGAGAACAAUGGGAUGGCGGAAAACAAUGAAGGUGGCGAUAAGGAAGAAGAGGGUGUGAGGAAGGUUAGGGAAUGUGAAGAGGAAACAAAGAUGGCUGCAGUGGUUGUUGACAAGUCUUCUUUGGGUUUUGAUGAGGAGAGUAAAGAACAAGAUAAGGGUAUGAUAGAUCUUGAAGCCAAGGCAGAGGAUGUGGAAAUACGUGGGUUGAAUGAGUACGAAAAUGGAGGGCCUGAAUCCAAUAUGAGGAUAGAAACAGAGGGUUUAAAGAGUCAUAAUUUCAUGGAUAAAGGCAAAUGUGUGUCUGUCGCACCUGCCCAUGUCACAAAUUCUGUUGAAGAUGGUGAAUCCGUUGGAAGGAAAUCUAGGGAGUUUGAGACUUGCGGGGAUAGCGAUGAUAUGGAAGGACCAAGUACGCGGGGGUUUGAGCUGUUUACAAGCUCUCCUGUUAGAAGAGAAGAGAAAGGUGAUCGAUCUGGUGCCAAUAACAAGCAGGAGGAAAAGUUGGUGCUAGAGCCACUUGAUCUUUCGCUAAGUUUACCAAAUGUUUUAUUACCAAUCGGUGGUGGUGAUACGAAUCAAGCUGCUCCGGGUUCACCUAGUCCAGCAAUGAGUGUUCAGUCCUUGAGUAAUACGUUCUGUACAAACUCGGAUGGAUUUACCGCAUCAAUGUCUUUUUCAGGUUCUCAGACAGUUUAUCACAACCCGAGCUGUUCUUUCACGCAGAAUUUGAUGGACAACUACGAACAAUCAGUUGGCAGCCGCCCCAUAUUUCAGGGAAUCGAUUGGCAGGGACAGUCGCAGAAUGAGUCCAAGCAGAAAGAAAUUCCCUUGUAUCAAAAAAUCUUGAUGAAUGGAAAUGGCUCUCUGAAUCAGUCUCAAGGCAUUUCUAAUGGUCAGGCUGUGCAAGGACAACAUCAUAGGGUCACGGAAGGAAGCUCUAAAAUGUCCAGUGGGCUAGAGAGGCAGUUGAGUUUUCAAAGGCAGUUGUCAGGAGGACGGUCAAGGCACCUGGAUGAUGUUAGAUCACCCUCGCAGAGUGUAGGGUCUCAUGAUAUUGGUUCCAAUUAUAGUUUUGACAGGAAGCGAGGAAUGAGAGAGAAGAAUAAUGGUAGUUUACAUAGGACUAGUAGCCAGAAGGAGCAUGAACAGCUUCUGAUAGGAGGAGUUGAAUUUGUUGAGACGGCCGUUGCCAGGAUAGUUGCUGAACCAUUACAUUUAAUGGCUAGGAAAUUUCAUGACAUGACAGGACAAUCCAUAGCAUGUCUAAAAGAGAGCAUUCGCGAGAUCAUGUUGAAUGUGGACAAGCGACCACAACUAUUCGCAUUUCAGAAAGCUCUUCAGGACAGGUCUGACGUAACCCUGGAGAUGCUACUGAAAUCCCAUCGGGCUCAAUUGGAGAUCUUGGUCGCGUUGAAAACUGGUCUACCAGAUUACCUUCAACAGGACAACUCGUCUACUCAUUUGGCAGAGGUUUUUCUGAACUUAAAAUGUAGAAAUCUUACCUGUAAGAACCCUUUGCCUGUGGAUGAAUGCGAUUGCAAGGUUUGUGUGCAGAAGAAUGGUUUUUGCAGUGCUUGCAUGUGUCUUGUGUGCUCGAAGUUUGACAUGGCGUCAAAUACUUGUAGUUGGGUUGGGUGUGAUGUUUGUCUUCAUUGGUGCCAUACCGAUUGUGGGUUACGAGAAUCUUACAUUAGAAAUGGAAGGAGUACUACGGGGGCUUAUGGGACAACGGAGAUGCAGUUCCAUUGUGUUGCCUGUGAUCAUCCUUCUGAGAUGUUCGGCUUUGUAAAUGAAGUUUUUCAAAAUUUUGCGAAGGAUUGGACAGUUGGAACUCUUUCUAGAGAGCUUGAAUAUGUGAAGAGAAUUUUUUGUGAUAGCAAGGACAUGAGGGGAAGACGACUUCAUGAAAUUGCUGACCAGAUGCUGGCAAGCUUGGCAAAUAAGUCUGACCUUCAGGAGGUCUACAGUCAUAUCAUGUCUUUUCUUACUGACGCUAAUUCGCCCAAGUUAGGCAAGACAUCAAUCUCAAAUGGGAAGGACCAAGGUAAAGAAGGCAAUGGGAUGGCUGGGACUAGCAAGGAUUCCACUUGGCUAAAAUCCAUCUAUUCUGAGAAGGGCCCUAGGUUGGAAACAACAGCUAGUAUACUUCCUAGCUUCAGAUAUGACCGGAAUGAUAAACUCACUUUGGAGUCAGAGUUGCAGACAAGUGUUCAGAAGGAACCUCUAUUUGAUGAAUUAGAGAGUAUUGUGAAAAUCAAACAAGCAGAAGCUAAAAUGUUCAAAGAACGUGCCGAAAUUGCACGAAGAGAAGCAGAGGGGCUGAAACGCAUUGCCAUUGCAAAGAAUGAAAAAAUUGAAGAGGAGUAUGCAAGUCGAAUUGCAAAGUUGCGUUUGGCUGAGGCCGAAGAAAUGCGCAAACAAAAAUCCGAAGAACUCAAGGCCCUAGAGAGACAACAUCAAGAAUACUUCAAUAUGAAAAUGAGGAUGGAAGCAGAUAUUAAAGAUCUGUUACUGAAAAUGGAAGCCACCAAGCGAAACCUUUCCUCGUGAUUAGCUGAUCAACAGAUUUUUCUCUAUUGAAUUCUCUCACCUUCUUAGGUAAUUGUACCCUUAGUUUCAAAAUUUCUACCCACUGUAGUUCAUUAUUAGUAGGUGUAUCUUCUGUUUUAGGUUCUGUUAAAUUUUAUUUUCCUGUUUGAGCUUCUAACCAGAAUCUGUACAGAAACUGCAACAUCUCUGUGUUAUAAAAGGUUCCCAUUUAGGGUAGCAAUGAUAGUUACAGAGCUUUUAUUUCCA